AGAGAAAGAGGGGGAAUGGGAUCGUGGCGGUCGUGGGUUUUGCCGUUAGAGUCUCUCCACCUUUCUCUCUUCUCCACUUUGGCCACAACAAGUGAGAGAAAGUGUCGAGAGAGAGAGAGACCAAGAGCUGAAGGGGGAGGAGGAGGGAGGAGGAGGGGGAGGGAGAAGGAGAUGUUUGUGUAUUUAUGUAUGUGUGUAUUGGGUUGGUUUGUUUGAUCGAUGACGAGGAUGGUGAUUGUGGUGGUGGAGGUGGAGAUGAGUGUGAUGGAGUUUUGGGUGUGAAGAGGGGCACUCCAUCUCUUGCUUUGUUACAGAAGAGAACAAGGGGGGAGGGAGAAAAAGGCAAGCUUUUCUUGUCUUGCAGAAAAUCCAAUCCCAUUCUUCCAUCAAAGCAUUUGGGUUUCAUUUAAUGAUCGGGGUUUCAUUUUGUUGCAGAUUCUUCACCGCUACAUUGGCAGUAAAAGAGGCUAAGACUUGAUUGGGAUUUGGUUUUCCGGUCUUUUGGUGAAGAAGAAGAGAAUAAACAAAGGGAUGGAUGUGGAUAUUGGACCAUCUCAAAGGAUAUUAGUACAGUGUAGGAUUUGCCAUGAUGAGGAUGAAGACUCCAACAUGGAAGUACCGUGCUCUUGCGCUGGUAGUUUGAAGUAUGCUCACCGUGGAUGUGUUCAACGUUGGUGUAAUGAAAAGGGGAACACCACAUGUGAGAUCUGCCACCAGCAAUUCAGGCCAAAUUAUACAGCACCACCCCCUCUGUUUCAUUAUGGCGGUAUUCCAAUGAAUUUCAGGGGAAAUUGGGAGGUUUCCAGGAGAGAUGCAAAUCACCCUCGCUUUAUAGCAAUGGUUGCUAGUGACCGGAAUUUUCUGGAUACUGACAUUGAUGAGUAUCCAGCUCCCAAUUCAAGAAGUGUGAUAUGCUGCCGGAUAGUUGCUAUAAUUUUCAUGAUCCUCCUGGUUUUGCGGCAUACCUUGCCAAUCAUAAUUAGUGGGGCUGGUGAAUACUCGUUUACACUGUUUACGUUGUUGAUGUUGAGAGCCAUUGGGAUUCUGUUGCCUGUCUAUAUCAUGGUUAAAGCAUGUACCGCCUUUCAACGUCGGCGACACCAACAGGAUGCUCGUAACUUAGCAUCAGAUGAAGAAAAUGAAAUGCCAAGACUACAGCCCCAGCCACGCAUCAUCCAAAUCCGAUAGGUUAUUUGGAGGGCUUCCUUGUAAUGUUGGAGAAUCAGUUGUAAAAUUACCAAGUUAAUAGUCGGACUACACUUCUGUAAAUUAUGAGUAAAUGUUUAAUGGGACAUGUAUCUAUGAAUGUGGAAGGAAGGACGAAUGAAUCAAGCAUACAUACAUGUAUAUUACUCCAGUUGAUUUUGCCCAUGCC